AUACGGAGGGAGUAGAUAAAAGUGGAAACAAAAUAGUACUACUAAUUAAUUAGCAAUCUCAUAAAUUUGUGUGUGUUUUAAUGACAUUAUAAUUUAUUUCCUUUCCCGUAGAAGUGUAAGAUCUCUUGUGUAGGCCUAUACAUUUUUAUUGAGUGAAAUAUCUUUGACAGAUCUCCGAAGAGGUACACUAGCCACCGGAUUGAUUUUUUUUAUGAGCAACUUAAAAUGACUCAAAAUAUUUGACACACAUGCAUCUCACCUGAAUCUUCGUGGUGCAUCUCCUAGCGGUGUAAACUUUUAACAGUCUUGCUAAGUAUUAGUCGACUGAAACUUCAUUAAGUCUCAGUCGAUGCUAUAUCUGUAGAAUCUUACAUUAAGAUCCGUGUAAAAGAAAAUCAGUUUUUUCUUGCAUGUCAUGUCAUUUGACUGAGACUUGGUUAAAUCUCAAUCCACUGAGACCUAGUCACACCUAACUUUAAAAUGACCAAUUUUUAAAUAUUUCUGUUACGUUCAAAUAUUUCCAUUAAGGUUUUGCAAAAUUUGACGCGGCUAAAAAUAGUAAAAGCGUAGUAUCACGGCGUCAUAAGAACUCCACCCGUACGAGCCCAUGCUCCCCUGUGUCGCGCCGCGCCCUCUGCUUCAUAUAUAGUGCCCCUCGGCCCCCGGCCAUAGCCAAGCCAGCCAGCCCGCCUCACCCGCGCAUUAGAGCCAUGGGACGCCGAGCACACGCCGUUCCGGCGGCCGCGGCGGCAGCGCUGCUGCUCGCCCUCCUCCAUCUGCACGCGGCCGCGGCCGCCGACCCGCCCUUCUCCUGCGGCGCGGCGUCGGCCGCGCCGUACUGCGACCGGAAGCUGCCGGUCGAGCGGCGGGCGGCGGACCUGGUGUCGAGGCUGUCGCUGGAGGAGAAGAUCUCGCAGCUGGGCGACGAGUCGCCGGCGGUGGCCCGGCUGGGCGUGCCGGCGUACAAGUGGUGGUCGGAGGCGCUGCACGGGGUGGCGUGGAGCAAGGGCAUGCACCUGGACGGCCCGCUCCGCGCCGCCACCAGCUUCCCGCAGGUCAUCCUCACCGCCGCGUCCUUCAACCCGCACCUCUGGUACCGCAUCGGCCAGGUGAUCGGCACGGAGGCGCGGGGCGUGUACAACAACGGGCAGGCGGAGGGGCUGACCUUCUGGGCGCCCAACAUCAACGUGUUCCGCGACCCGCGGUGGGGGCGGGGCCAGGAGACCCCCGGCGAGGACCCGACCAUGACGGGCAAGUACGCGGCCGUGUUCGUCCGCGGCGUGCAGGGCUACGCCAUGUCCGGCGCCAUCAACUCCUCCGACCUGGAGGCCUCCGCCUGCUGCAAGCACUUCACCGCCUACGACCUCGAGAACUGGAAGGGCGUCACCCGCUUCGCCUUCGACGCCAAGGUGACGGAGCAGGACCUGGCGGACACGUACAACCCGCCGUUCAAGAGCUGCGUGGAGGACGGCGGCGCCAGCGGCAUCAUGUGCUCCUACAACCGCGUCAAUGGCGUGCCCACCUGCGCCGACCACAACCUCCUCUCCAAGACCGCCAGGGGCGACUGGAGCUUCAACGGAUACAUCACGUCGGACUGCGACGCCGUGGCCAUCAUCCACGACGUCCAGGGGUAUGCCAAGGCGCCGGAGGACGCGGUGGCAGAUGUCCUCAAGGCCGGCAUGGACGUGAACUGCGGCGGCUACAUCCAGACGCACGGCGUGUCGGCGUACCAGCAGGGCAAGAUCACGGGGGAGGACAUCGACCGGGCGCUCCGCAACCUCUUCGCCAUCCGGAUGAGGCUGGGCCUCUUCGACGGCAACCCCAAGAACAACCGGUACGGCAACAUCGGCGCCGACCAGGUGUGCAACAAGGAGCACCAGGACCUGGCCCUGCAGGCGGCGCAGGACGGCAUCGUCCUCCUCAAGAACGACGCCGGCGCGCUGCCCCUCUCCAAGUCCAGGGUCUCCUCCCUCGCCGUCAUCGGGCCCAACGGCAACAACGCGUCGCUGCUGCUCGGCAACUACUUCGGCCCGCCCUGCAUCUCCGUCACGCCGUUCCAGGCGCUGCAGGAGUACGUCAAGGACGCGACGUUCGUCCAGGGCUGCAACGCCGCCGUCUGCAACGUGUCCAACAUUGGUGAGGCGGUGCACGCGGCCAGCUCGGCGGACUACGUCGUGCUGUUCAUGGGGCUGGAUCAGAACCAGGAGCGGGAGGAGGUGGAUAGGCUGGAGCUGGGGCUCCCCGGGAUGCAGGAGAGCCUUGUCAACAAGGUUGCCGACGCGGCCAAGAAGCCGGUGAUCCUUGUGCUGCUUUGCGGUGGCCCGGUGGACGUGACGUUCGCCAAGAACAAUCCUAAGAUCGGCGCCAUUGUCUGGGCUGGUUACCCUGGCCAGGCCGGUGGCAUCGCCAUUGCCCAGGUCCUCUUCGGCGAGCACAACCCCGGCGGGAGGCUGCCGGUGACAUGGUACCCGAAGGAGUUCACGGCGGUGCCGAUGACGGACAUGCGGAUGCGCGCCGACCCGUCCACGGGCUACCCGGGCCGCACCUACAGGUUCUACAAGGGCAAGACGGUGUACAACUUCGGCUACGGCCUGAGCUACUCCAAGUACUCCCACCGGUUCGCGUCCGAGGGCACGAAGCCGCCGUCCAUGAGCGGCAUCGAGGGCCUGAAGGCGACGGCGUCGGCGGCGGGCACGGUGAGCUACGACGUGGAGGAGAUGGGCCCGGAGGCGUGCGACAGGCUGCGGUUCCCGGCGGUGGUGAGGGUGCAGAACCACGGGCCCAUGGACGGCAGGCACCCGGUGCUGCUGUUCCUGCGGUGGCCGAACGCGACGGACGGGCGGCCCGCGAGCCAGCUCAUCGGGUUCCGGAGCGUGCACCUGCGGGCGGACGAGGCCGCGCACGUCGAGUUCGAGGUCAGCCCCUGCAAGCACUUCAGCAGGGCGGCGGAGGACGGCCGCAAGGUGAUCGACCAGGGGUCGCACUUCGUCAAGGUCGGCGACGACGAGUUCGAGCUGAGCUUCAUGGCCUGAGCCGGCAGCCGGCCGCUGCUGCUUCAGGAGAGGAGGAUUUCGAGCAUAUAUGCACAAGUGUAAUCACCUAACUUAUCUGAACGAGAGAAUGGUAAAUUAAAAGCGAGAUCAUCUUCCCUUUUUUCACACUGUGUGUGGCAAUGGUGCGAUGUACGGGUAAUAGUAACAAAUAACAAAAUGGCAACUGAGACA